CUGAAAGCCGCCAGGAUGGGUGCUGGGGAUUAUAUCUGCGUGACUGUCCUCGGAGGAGCGCCUUGGGGCUUCAGCCUGUCGGGGGGUAAGGAGGACAAGAAACCCCUGCAGGUCUCGAAGAUUGAACAAGGAGGUAAGGCCUACCUGGCAGGACUCAGCGAGGGCGAUGAAGUGGUCUCCAUCAACGGAAAGCCCUGCUCAGACCUCUCCUGGCCCGAUGCUAUGAUGAUCCUUGCCAACGUGGAGGAGAGCCUGCAGAUGUUAAUUAAACGGUCAUCCACAGUUUUCCAUGAUUCCCCCGAUCAAGAGUUGGAAUCGGCAUAUUUUGAUGGUGCCCCCACCACCACUAUGCCAGGCAUGAGGAGCACCACUUUGCAGAUCUGGCCAUCCCGCAUGGCACCUCCUCCGAGGGAGCUCUACAUCUCAGAAUCUCAAGAUGAGGCCUACUAUGGGGAAAGUGAGAGCGACACUGAUUUGUCCACUGGUGCCCGGCUGCGAGACCCCAAAUCCAACAGCAGCCAAGGAGCAAAGUGUGACGUUGGAGGGGCAAUGGAGUUUCAGCAGGGAGAGGUGGUGGAGCUGUGCUUGUCCUUCCCUGAAGGCAAACAUGAAGAUGUCAGAGGGGCUCCCUUGAGAAUGGGGCAUUGGCCACUAACAGGGGUCACCCAGGGCUUCACGGUGCCAGAUUCUGAGGGUGCCCACCCAGGGCCUUCCUUUCAGCCUGUGGUGAUUUCCCGGGGCAAAAUAGAGCUGACAGGAACAGGCGACCAGCGGUCAGCCAGCACCCUGGCCCCCCAAAGUCGGGUGGAAUUGACCCUGCAGCCCAUUUUGAAGGGAAGGCAGGAGGAACGGGGAGAGGAGGAGGAGGAGGUGGUGGUCUUGUGUAGGUCACAGUCGGGCAGGAGGGGGUGGGUGGAAGGAGGGUCCACUGAAGCACCUCCCGCCGUUACAGUCUCCUUUGGAAUCUCGUCAGAGGGUGAGCAAGAAGAAGAAGACGAAGGAGAAGAAGAACAGGAGGAGAGGGACUCGGAAUCGGAGAGGGAUCAAAGCCGACCCAACAAGCACCGGGCGAGGCACGCCAGGCUCAGGCGCUCAGAGAGCCUGUCAGAGAAGCAGGUGAAGGAGGCCAAGUCUAAAUGUAAGCGCAUUGCCCUCUUGCUAACUGCGGCUCCCAACCCCAAUAACAAAGGGGUGUUGAUGUUUAAGAAGCACAGACAAAGGGCCAAGAAGUACACGCUGGUCAGCUACGGAACCGGAGAAGAAGAACCCGAGGAAGAAACGGAAGAGCCUGAAGAGGGCUACACAGACAACGCCUUCGAAGUCACCUUUCUAGCUGCGAGUGAAUCCGUGCUCGACGACGAGUUCUUUGCGGGUGGCCAAAGCCGCAUUGUGACGCUCAACUUAGACACGGGGCUGCUGGAAAUUGAGAAGAAUCUCAACGACCAAAAGGAAAUGGAGAGACUCCCAGAGACGAGGGGCAAAGGUGCCCUCAUGUUUGCUCGACGUAGGCAGAGGGUCGAUCAAAUCACAGCUGAACAGGAAGAGAUGCGAAGGAAGGGCAUUCCUGUGGAGGAUCCCCGGGAAAUCAUGGGGGCAGAGACUGUGCAGAGUGCCACCUACAGAGUCCAAGAAGCAUCUUAUUCAGAGAAAACAGAUUACAAUCAGAGUCAUAGCAGCCAGAGCUACAUCGAUGUUGGGCAAAAAGCACAAGUGCCCAUGCAACACGGACAGACCUACGGAGGUCCGAAUGUAAAUGGAAUCGUUGGAAAGUCUGAAAUGGCUCAGCACACCGCAGCCUACCAGAGCACAGAAUUACAGAGGUCUACCGGCACAAACAGAACCGCCAAGCCUUUCUCCGGCGUGCAGAAUAGGGCGGCCGCACCCUUUUCGCCGAUCCGAAGUGUCACCAGUCCCAUUUCAGAUGUGCCAGCCCAACCACACUAUACUUCACAGUGCAGAGUGCCUAUCAACACCCAGCAAGUCUGGUCACCCACGGGCGCGGGCGAAGACAUUGCGUCCCGAGACGAAAGGAUCUCAGUUCCGGCAAUCAAAACUGGAAUUCUGCAGGACACCCGGAAGAGGAACACCUCGAAGCCCAUGUUUACUUUCAAGGAGCCGCCAAAGGUGUCACCCAACCCUGAGCUUCUAAAUCUCCUCAACAAGCCUGAUAAAAGGAUUCCUGGUUGUGAAUACGGCCCAGAAGAAGAUUACCUAAGUCUCGGUGCAGAAGCUUGCAACUUCCUGCAGUCCUCCGCAGUUAAACAGAAGACUCCUCCGCCUGUGGCUCCUAAACCAAACAUCAAUCCAGCUUCUCCUCCUUGGUCUCCUCCUCCGCCUGAACCUUCAACUCAAGCACCCAACUUGCCAGCUCAAGACACAGAACCAACUGUCAUAGUGGCCCCCAUUCAGCCUAUCCCACCACAGCAAGCCCCCAUUGUAUACAGGCAGCCUCCACCUGUAGUCAAUACCGCAGUGUCACCAUCGGCUGUGCCAUACCCAUCCACUUCAGCUCACUCGUAUUCAUCGAAAACACCACCCACCACCCCCGUGGGAAAUGCCGCGCCUGCGGGCGGCCUGGGCCCGGCUUUUGAAAUGCCCGCAUUGAGGGGCAGGGGCGCUGAGCUUUUUGCCAAAAGGCAGUCCCGAAUGGAGAAGUAUGUUGUGGACUCCUCCACUGUGCAGGCCAAUCAAGCCAGAUCUUCAUCACCAACCCCAUCUUUGCCCGCUUCAUGGAAAUACUCACCUAACGUCAGAGCCCCCCCUCCGUUGGCAUAUAACCCAAUUCAGUCUCCCUCUUACCCUCCAGGAGCGGCCAAGAACCAGCCGAAGUCAGGCCCUUCGGCAAAAACUAAGACCAAACCAAAAGGCCCCACCAAAGUUCUCCAUGCCCUGGAUGUCAUGAAGCACCAGCCUUACCAGCUAAACUCCUCUCUGUUCACUUAUGGUCCCCCCACUGAUAGCAAGACCCCUCAAACCAAAGCUCCCUCAGCUUCUUCUAUGCAGCCAAUGAAAUAUGAGCCUGUGCCACCUGUGAAAGCAGUUGGACAGAUGAAUGUUGGAUACGCAACUCCACAGCAGCCACCCCAGGUGCCAAGAGGACCAUCCUACGGGUUGACACCAAUGUCUACCAUUGGGCAUGAUGCUUCCUUCCAGUCUGCCGCUAAUGCCAUGGGAGCUACCACCUACCCUCAGUUUACCAAGAAUGAGCAAGGAAUGGGAGUCACCCUUAUGGCUCCGAGGCCCAAGUUUUCCGCAAAGAAAACCGGCGUCACUGCACAGGUGUGGAAACCAGCCGUGGCUGAAGAAUAAUUGGUUUGGAUGAAAAGCAAUUUCCUCUUUGCUUGGAGUUUCUGCACUUUGCCUAACAGACAUGGGGGGAACCCCCUAGAUUGCUUUUAUAAAGUUUCUUACGGGGUGGAAGAAGCUACCAUGUCCCGAAGAUUUAGAUUGCGCUCUUGUUACUUUCUUUACGGUUCGACGCUGUAUAUAGUAACAGACUCUCUUUGGGUUUCUUCUCCAUGACAGCAGUAUCACCAACAUUUGCCUUAUGAGGGAAAUAUUUUAUAAGUCUGUGUUGCAACAUUUAGUGCCUUAAAAUGAAAGCAAUAAGUUAACAUAAAAAAAACGGAAAAAAAUCGUUAACUCAAACCUACUUUAAAUUAUUAAUACAAUUCAUUAAUACUAUUAGCAAUUCAGCAAUUCAAUCUGGAAACAUAUUACAGUUUAAACGUGAAAUUUAUCAAAUUUCAGGCUCAAAGUUUCAGCACACACCUUACGUCGUAGAAAAAGAAAAGAAUGGUAGGUGAACCCAGCAGAGAUUUUUUUCAAUAAAGUGCAAUUGCAGUCCACCAUACCUACAAACGUCACUCGUGACACGCCCGCUUGAUGAUGUCAUUCUCAACGCUUCCAAUCCAAGCUGCAGUGCGAUUCGUUUCUCAGUAGUGAAAUGUGGUGAUAUCUAAUGUUAGCAAACGUUACAAGGAACUCCUCAACAUCUUCACUACUAACUCUUACUCAGUUACAAACGGUUCUCUAACAUCAUAAUUACGGACUCUUGCUCAGGUACAAGAGCUUCCUCAUCAUUGAAAUUUCAAUUACAAACUCCUCACAAUCUCAGUUGCUAACUCGUACUUGGUUACAACUGACUCACCGACGUCUGAAUUACUGCUACUCAGUUACAACUGAUUCCGCAACAUCUUAAUUUAUAACUCUUACUCAGUUACAAAUAAUUCCCUAGCAUCGUAAUUUUGGACAAUUACUCAAUUACAAGAAAUACCCCGUCAUUGUAAUGUUCUGACUGUAACUUGGUUACAACUGGUCUGCUGACAUUUCAAUUUUUAAUUCAUACUUACAAAUGACUCCCUAACAAUGUCAUUUUGGACUGUCACAUGAAACUCCUGAACAUCUUCAUUUCUAACUCUUGCUUGGUUUCAACUAACUCUUACUCAGUUACAACAAACUCCCCGACAUUAUAAUUUCUAAUUCUUACCUGGUUACGACAAAUUUCCCAAAAUCGUAAUUUGGAACUCUUACUUGAUUACGACAAAGUCACCAGCAUCAUAAUUUCUCAUUUUUACCUGAUUAUGAUAAACUCCCCAACAUUGUAACUUCAAACUCUUGCUUGGUUACAACUAACUCUUACUCAGUUACAACAAAAUCCCUGACAUUAUAAUUUCUAAUACUUACCUGGUUAUGACAAACUUCACAAAAUCGUAAUUUCUAAAUCUUAUUUGCUUAAAACAAAGUCAUUGACAUCGUAAUUUCAAAUUCUUACCUGAUUACGAUAAAUUCGCCAACAUAGUAAUUUUGAAUUCUUAUUUGGUUGCAAAAAACUUCUUAACAUCUUAAUUUCUAACUCUUGCUUGGUUUCAACUAACUCUUACUCAGUUACAACAAACUCCCUGACAUUAUAAUUUCUAAUUCUUAGCUGGUUACGACAAACUUUCCAAAAUCGUAAUUUGGAACUCUUACUUGGUUACGACAAAGUCACCGGCAUCAUAAUUUCUCAUUUUUACCUGAUUACGAUAAACUCCCCAACAUUGUAACUUCAAACUCUUGCUUGGUUUCAACUAACUCUUACUCAGUUACAUCAAAAUCCCUGACAUUAUAAUUUCUAAUACUUACCUGGUUACGACAAACUUCCCAAAAUUGUAAUUUCUAACUCUUAUUUGCUUACAACAAAGUCACUGACAUCGUAAUUUCUAAUUCUUACCUGAUUACGAUAAAUUCCCCAACAUCGUAAUUUCGAAUUCUUAUUUGGUUACAAAGAACUUCUUAACAUCGUAAUUUCUAACUCUUGCUUGGUUUCAACUAAUUCUUACUCAGUUACAAAAAUUUUCCCAACAGCGUAAUUUCUAAUUAUUACCUGGUUAUGACAAACUCCCGACAUCUUACUUUCUAACUGCCACUUGAUUACAACAAACUCCCUGACAUCUCAAUAUCAAACUCUUACAUGUAAUGAAUUCCCCAAAAUCUUAAUUUCUAACUCUUAAUUUGUAAACAGAAUAAGAUGACAGUCAAAUGAGUGUUGAGGUCCCAAGGGAUACCCCAUUUAAAAAUAGUGUCCAAAAAAUGAAACAAAAGCACAUGUCCUACAAAAAGAGGAAAACUGCCAAAUUUCAAAAUAGCAAAAGACUGGAGGAACUCCGUCCGGGUCUCAAGCUGGUCUGAAGCUGAAUACUGACUUCCGAGUGUUUGAAGGCUUAUAUGCCCAGACAAACAGGAGGAUCGGGGCUUUGGACAUUAUGUCAGAAACAUCAUCAGUUGUCCUUCACUGAUUUCUCCUCCACUUUAGAAGAACAAGGAGAGUCUUUGUCUUCCCUGCAAAUUCAAUGGUUCAUAAAAUCCAAAAAUGAUCCUCAAGGUCACAAGACUGACACUAAGUCACAAAUAACUCCCUGGCAUCGAAAUUUCUAACAUUUACUCAGUUACAACUAACUCCCCAGCUGCUUAAUCUCUAACUCUUACUUGAUUAAAACUGAUUCCACAAAUCUCUUACUCAAUCACAAACUCCCCAGAGUCUUAACUUCUAACUCAUACUUGGUUACAAUUAUUUCCCUGACAUCUUAAUUUCUAAAUCUUACUCGAUUAUGAGAGACUCCCCAACAUCUUAAUUUCCGAUUCUUACCUAGUUACAACAAACUGCCUGACAUUGUAAUUUCUGACACUAUCAUAAUUUUUAACUCUUCUGAAAAAACUUAACACUUACUCGAUUACAACAAACUCACUGACAUUGUAAUUUCUACCUCUUACUCUGUUACAACAAACUCCCCAACAUCUUAAUUUCCAACAUUUAGCGGGUUAUGACAAACUCCCUGAAAUCCUAAUUUCGAACUCUUAAUCAAUUACAACAAACUCCCUGACAUUGUAAUUUCGACCUCUUACUUGAUUACGACAAACUGUAUGACAUCGUUAUUUCAAACAGUAUUGUAAUUUAUAAAUCCUACCCAGUUAUGACAAAUUCCCCGAACAUCGUAAUUUUGAACAACAAACUCCUUGAAAUUGUAAUUUCGAACUCUUAAUCAAUUACAACCAACUCCCUGACAUUGUAAUUUCGAAC